AUGCGUUUUAUUUGUUCAGUAACUUCCCUUUUAAUACUGGGAUCCUGUAAAGGAGACCAUGGUGUUGUACCAGUGUUUUUAUUAGAUUAUGGUGGCGUUAUGAAUCAUUUGAAGAUAGAACCAAACCCGUUCUCUAAAAUAACGACUACGUUUUUCACGGAUGUGGUUCAAGAUGUUAUUAAAAAUAGCAAUAUCGCUAUUAUAUUUAUCGAAAAUACAUUUUCUCCAGAGGAUAUUAGCACAAAGGAUAAUAAGGGAACUGUAUUCUCUCACUUAAGAGAUGGGGUGUUACAUAAUCAAAUUAAAUAUUUUCCAGCUGUUAUAGAACCUUACAAAACACUUAGGCAAACGUUCCAGUUACACGAUUUAAAUAUUUUCUAUAUAAGCGAUACAAAUAUGAAGAUAAAAAUGUAUGACACUAAUUAUAAGCAUUAUUAUGUUUAUUUUGUCGAUGGAUUAAAUGAAACCAGAACUGAUGUACUAAAGAGGCAUGAUAAAAUUAUCAAAGAGGUUUAUUCCGCUGUUCAACAACUUACCUCUGGACCGGUUGUAGCAUUUUAUACCGGUAAAACAAAUCCUAUCAAGAUUCAAAGUUUAAAAAUCACACCGUUAAGACGACCUUCUACUUCUCCAAAUCCAGGUGUAACAAUAGAAAGUAGAGGUGCACUGUUUCGUUUUAUUGGUGUGUACAGUACAACUGCAAGCCGUUACGCAAGGUUCAGUCAGAUCCCGGUUGUAGAGGAAGAGACCUGGACGCCAAGGCAACUAUCCACAACAGUCGCCUACAGUGAUUUUGAUUUGCAGUUUAACUUCUCGUUUAGAAAAGAAGGUUGGACUGUGGAUAACGUGGCCCUCCUCGAGGGCGGAGAGGAGGUGGGGCGAUCGGAGUUGGGUGUAGGAGCACCCUGGGACUGGUCAUACGUGUGCGGGGAGCCCUUGGUGGUGAUAAAUACGCGAGACGGCAGUGCAGUCACUAUCUCUCAUUAUCAGAUACAACCAUUCAAACGAAGUGGACGCUCCGACUACAAUGAGGAUUGGUCGGGCGUCAUCAGAGCGGACGAAGGCGAUGCGGCUGCGGCCCCCCAGGCACCCCCUCCAGCCGAUACCAAUCCCAACCCCCCACCACCAGCCGAUAAAGGCGCGCCAGAUACGCCGAAAAGUUUCGGUAAAUCGGUGAAUUGUGGCCCGUAUUUCAACUCGGUUAUCCUCGCGGGACUCUUCGUCACGUUUAUUUGUCUCGGCGUUCUCGCGUGUGCGGUGUCCGCUAUGUACAACUGUCACUCGAAUGACAAGUACGACGAUCCACAGGGCAAGGCGUUAACUAUUGCCGGCGAGGGUACCCAUUGA